UACACCGAGGGCAAAAGACAGAAGGCGGACUUUAAUCUACUGCAUUAAACCGUUUAUUUACAGGUGGAGAAGGAUAACCAUUGAUGAUUCUUCCCCUCUGCGUGGAUACAGUAACUGUUGACUACUGGUGGUCAGUAAACACUUGAGGAUGAGGAAGUGGGGAGACCGGCUCCAGAAAGUGGAGCAGCUUGCUCAGUCGUUCCAUCAAAAUCCUCUAACGUCACGCUACAAACCUCGACUGUGGCCCUGCCAGCCUUCCUCUGUCUGGAAACUCUUCCCUCGCCAAAGCACUGCGAUCAGCUUUGCUCAGAGCUGCAAAGAAGUUGUACAUGUGUUUGCACUUGAGAAGGAAAAUGCAUCCCAUGGCCAGAGGAUCUAUCUGGUGACCAGUUACAGUGAGCUGUGGCACUACUACAGGACUUUCUCUCAGUCCUUGAUGCACUGCUAUGAGGUGAUCCCAGAGGGAGCUGUCUGUAAGCUUUACUUUGACUUGGAGUUCCACAAACCUUCAAACAAAGACCGUGAUGGUCGAGCGAUGGUGUCUAUGCUCAUCCAGUAUGUCUGUGAUAAGUUACUGGAGGUUUAUGGCGUUGAAUGCUCUGUGAAAAAUGUCCUCAACCUGGACUCCAGCACAGAAGAGAAGUUCAGUCGGCAUCUUAUUUUUAGUCUCCAAAAUGCCGCUUUUAAAGACAACAUACAUGUGGGACGGUUCAUCCAUGCUAUUCUGAAGCCCGUCCUAAACAAAGAUAAAAAUGGGAGUAACCUGGACCAUGGGCUGAAUUCAGAGGCGGAAAACACUGCAGAAGGGUUAGUUUUAUACACAAACCACUUGAUUUUCCUGUUAUCACUUUUCAUGUUGUCUUAUUGUGCUGAUGGCAGGAGACACGCUGUCCCUGAGAGGAAGCCAGCACAGGCAGGUGGGAUGACUGAGAGUCCACAGAUGAAGAGGCGUAAACAGGAAGACCUCAGCUUCCUGCAGGUGAAAAACAAGGACGGCCGGGACUGUCUAUUUGUAGACCUUGGUGUUUACACCAAGAACAGAAAUUUCCGACUGUACAAGUCAUCAAAAGUUGGGAAGACUGCCGCUUUCACCGUCGCAGAAGACAACCAGUUUGUUGGUAAAGCGGAGAAGGGAACGUCCCCAGAGGAGAGCGUGUUUCUGGCGUCGCUGGUGUGUAAUGUGAGUUUCACAGGUCAGAGAAUUCUUACUUGGGACGUCGCAGAAGAAAAUGAGCCCAAAGGCAAAAUGAAUCAUCACCAGCAAGGAUCGGCUUCACAUUCAGACACAUUUUCAGGGUGGCUGUCGUCACCUCACCAGGAACUCGACGAGUUUGUCCUGACAGUUGUCCGAAAGGACGGCAUCCAAGGAACCAUCAGACGAUGGAAUUACUUUCCUGCAGAACAGCUUCUGGUCUACGACAUCGCCAAAUACCGCUGGUGUGAGAACGUGGGCAGAUUUCAUAAAAGCAACAACAUCAUGAUUGUUGUGGAUUUAAGGGAGGAAGUCUGGUAUCAGAAGUGUCACGAUCCCGAAUGCAGGAACUUCAGGUCCUCCAGCUACCCGCUGCCGCAGGAGAUCUGCGUCAGCUACAUCUUGUCACUGGACGAAGAGGACCAGGCGUAUUUAAUGGACGACGCUGGCAACAUUGAACCCAGCCAGACGCCAAACCAGGCCAAGCAGAGGACAGCGGAGUCAGAGAAAACUCCCAACGUGUGGGGCAACGAGCCGGACGACCAGGAGUAUCUGGAAAGUCUGAAUGACUUUGAGAAGAGCGACGGGGAGAUCUCGGAUCAGCUGCUGCUCUCAUGCAUGGCAGACUUUGAUUCUUAGGAAGAGAUUGAUGUUACUUUACUGUACAAAAAAUGGAUAACUUUUUAAGCAGGAUAAAAACAUGUAAAUUGUUUCUGAACCACUGUUAAUUGAGUGAUAAUAGACUAAUAUUGCACAAUAUUUCUCAUGUAAAAUGAUGGAUUUGGUAGUUUGCUGUGCAGCUUGUUCUUGCCCUUUUCUAACAUGUUUAAAUGCUGGUAUCAUAAAUGACUGCGCCUCAGCAAAAACAGUCUAUUAAUGCACUUUAACAUCUAAAAAAUUAAAACUGAACAUCUGUUUUGUAAGUUUUUUUUUUUUAUUACAAUUGACAAAACACAGAUGCUUUAAUAUAACAUUGCUUCAACACAAAAUGCACUUCCAUC